ACAAGUUUUUUCUUUCCUAACAAAAUUCCAACACUAUCGUCAAGAAAAAGGAAAUCUAGGAUUUGGGUUCUCGCUGUUAAAUGGAAAAGAUGCAUGAACUUAUAAGAGAAGGGAGAUCUUUGGAGUUUACACCAACAUGGUCAGUGGCUUCAGUGACUACUGUCAUGGUUUUUGUCUGCUUGUUUGUGGAAAGGUCCAUUUACAGAUUUGGAAAGUGGUUGACGAAGACGAGAAGGAAGGCUCUAUUUGCUUCUUUGGAGAAAAUUAAAGAAGAGUUGAUGCUACUUGGGCUUAUUUCUCUGUUGUUGGGGCAAUGGGCGAGGUGGAUUUCUCAAAUUUGUGUGAAGUCAUCCCUUUUCAGCAGUAAAUUCUAUCUUUGUUCCGACGAGGAUUAUGGCAUGGGAGAGAGUAAGAGAGUCUUAUUCACAAAAUCUGAUACUUUUUCAAAUGAAACUGAGAUUCCAACAGGACUUAAUUAUUCAACAUUACAUCAAUGCGGGGCGGAUCGUGAACCUUUUGUUUCCCAUGAAGGCCUUGAACAACUGCACCGCUUCUUGUUUGUUCUUGGCUUUAUCCAUGUAAUUUAUAGCUGUAUCACAGUUGGCUUGGCUAUGAGUAAGAUAUACAGCUGGAGAAAAUGGGAAAAUGAAGCAACUUUUGCACCUGAUGGGAAUUUGCAAGCACCAAAGAACAAGGUAAUGAGGCGACAAUCUACUUUUGCUCUGCAUCAUGCAUCUCAUCCAUGGAGUAGGAGCCGUGUUCUCAUCUGGAUGCUUUGCUUUCUAAGGCAGUUCAGAAGCUCAAUUCAAAAGUCAGAUUACUUGGCAUUACGACUGGGAUUCAUCACUAAUCACAGUCUGCCACUUUCCUACAAUUUCCACAAGUACAUGGUCCGUAGCAUGGAAGAUGAAUUUUCUGGCAUUGUAGGGAUUAGCUGGCCACUCUGGGGUUAUGCUAUAAUCUGCAUCUUCAUCAAUAUUCAUGGCCUUAACGUUUACUUCUGGCUCUCUUUUAUACCUGCAAUUCUUGUCAUGUUGGUCGGAACGAAACUCCAGCAUGUUGUCUCCUUGUUAGCACUCGAAAUUGCUGAGCCAAAAGGUUCAUCCUUUGGAACCCAAGUAAAGCCGCGUGAUGAAUUGUUUUGGUUCGGGAAGCCAGAAAUACUGUUACGCUUGAUCCAAUUCAUAUCAUUUCAGAAUGCUUUUGAGAUGGCAACCUUCAUUUGGUCCUUGUGGGCAUUCAAGCAAAGAUGCUUUAUGAAAAACCAUGCACUCAUUGCCAUUCGGCUGAUUUCUGGGAUCGUAGUUCAGGCUUGGUGCAGCUACAGCACCGUGCCCUUGAAUGUCAUAGUUACCCAGAUGGGGUCCCGACAUAAGAAGGCUUUGAUCGCUGAAAGUGUGCGGGAGUCGCUGCACAGCUGGUGUAAGAGGGUGAAAGAGAAGUCGAGAAGAGAUGCUACGCUCUCGCUUACUACAAGAUCCACAUGUUCACUCGAAUCAACAAUUGACGAGGGGGAUGAGAUAAUUACGGUUGCUUCUGGUACUCUAUCUCCAUGUUCAUCAUCAUCAGCUUCACUGAAUCAUCCAGACAUGAAUGAGGAAUCAACAGAUUGCGUUGUUGAAGGUUCAAAUCCACCUGAUGACGACAUUUCCUUCCGGAUUUCAGAAUACUUGGCCCAAACGAUAGCUAGCGGUGCAGGAGAAAAUGCAGAUGACUUGGAGGAGCAUCAUCAACAUCAACCCGAGACCCUUUUCGAUUUAUUUCAGAAGACGUGAUGAAGUUCCUCUGAAGUAGCUAGGAUCUGGAGAAAGUUCAUCCCUUGACCAACCAACCCUUCCAUGGAAUGAUGGAAGUGCUUUGUUUCUAACUACUUGUGAAAAAGAAUUUUGUCGAUGGUUCCUCCGGGGCAAGUGAAUCAUAUCUGACUGGUGAACAGAAACUGCAGUCUUAUUAUUAAAGGUUCAAAAGCUUAUUAUAGGUACAGACGAUCUUGUGCAUGUAGUCUUAUUUUUGUUUUGUUUGUGCUGUGCUAUAGUAGCUGAUUACGAAUAAAUAUUUAAGAGGGAUUAUCAAGCCAACAACUUACGUUGCGACACCAACCAAAAAAUAAGAAAAAAAAAAAAAAACAGUUACGCACACACUAAUAACAAAGUAGGGAGUAGGAGGAAUUCAUCGUUUGAGAGAACAAUAACAAUUAA